AUGGUAAAGCAUACAGUCAUGGACAGUUUUGAAUUGAUGGGCAUUCUGAACAAGAUCGACAUGGCUUCCUUCGAUUUCCAAUCCCUAUUCACUAAUGUACCAGUUCGUGAGGUCAUGCAAAUCAUCUGCGAUUAUGUAGAUAAGAAACAAAUUCGACCGAGUCUACUAGUAUCCGUCCCAGAACGUUUAUUACUGCUCUGCGAAACCGACGCAUCUUUGUCUUUUCAAGGAAACGCAUACAGGCAAAUCGAUGAUGUCGCUAUGGCCAGUCCGCUAAGCCCAGUUCUGUCAGACUUGUUUAUGGCGAAUCUGGAACAAAAAGGAGCUAAUAUUCUUGAGCAUGCCAUCCUGUAG